CUUGCAUCCCAAACCUUCUGAAUAAGGAAUUCACCAAAGUCUUAAUGUCGGACCUUUGACAUCAACUUGCCACUGAAGCCAUUAGCCGUCUUUACUCCUGGCUAAACGGACCUGGGAUCCAAGGGAAGACUUUCAGGACGUAACAUGGUGCACUGAAAAUGAUCAUUUAUCGUGGAAAAUGUUUCAUUGGUCUGGAUCACAACUCUGUUUUAGGACCUGUUUGCUUCAGAUACUCACUGGAUCUAACUUUGUUGCUGCGAUUACAGAGUUAAAGGACUUCUUGUGGACACAACAAGGUUUUCAUUACAGUUCAUUUUGAAUUGGAAGACUAUUUUGGGAAGACGUUCACUGCACAUCAGUGUGUGGCACUCAACAUGGGGAUUGUAUUUUGGAUGUUUCCUCUUCUGGCUCUUCCAGUACUUCAGUCUGCCAAAAUCCUGACUGUCUGUCUAAUUGGAGGAAGCCACUACUUAUUAUUAGAUGAAAUUUCUCAUACCUUACACCAGCAUGGCCAUCAGGUCCGUAUGCUCUUGCAACUGGGCAACCCUGUUAUCAAAGGUUUUUCCUAUGCUGGCCGUGCAGACAGUUACCUGACGACAACUUGGUCCGUAGGAGAGAAAUACAUCAGAGAAUACAAUGGCUGGUUCCUGGAGCAACAGACACAGUUUCUACUGGGAAGGGAUAGCUUUAAUAACUUUCUAAACUUCAUGGGGCACCUGUCCUAUCAGUGUGACAGGCUGUUAGAAGACAAAGAGAUUAUACAUUUCCUCCAGAGGGAAAACUAUGACAUCGCAAUCCUUGAUGCUUUUAACCCCUGCUCCUUCAUCCUGGCACACAAACUUGGGGUCCGCUACAUAGCUUUCUACCCCGGCACUCUGAACGGUCCACUGUCCAUCGCCCUCCCCAGCCCGGUCUCCCACGUGCCAGUCUUCAGCUCCCAGCUGUCCGACCACAUGAGCCUCUGGGGUCGUGCAAAGAACCUCUUCUAUUCUUUCUUGUCUCCUGUUGGCCAGGAACUUGUAUGGCGGACAUUUAGGGCAGUAGCUGAGCGCCACCUUGAGUCGGGGUCCCCCCCUGGAGGUCUGCAGGAGUUACAUGGAGGAGCUGAACUCUGGGCCUUCAACACUGACUUUUCACUGGAGUUCCCCCAGCCUCUCAUGCCGUACACGGUGCUGGUGGGAGGUCUGCUGAGUAAACCUGCGAAGCCUCUGGAGCAGGAUCUUGAGAUGUGGAUCUCUAAUUUUGGAGAGGCAGGUUUUAUUGUCGUGACUUUGGGAUCAAUGGUCUCCUCGGUCUCUGUGGACCGUCUGCUUGUGGAGCUGGUGGCUGGCUUCUCUAGGAUCCCUCAGGGGGUUUUCUGGAGGUAUGACCCCAAGCGCUGGCCAUCUCACCUGGAUAGACCUCCUAAUCUCAGGAUAGGGGACUGGCUGCCUCUUAAUGAUCUGCUGGGACACAAUAAAGCACGUCUCUUUAUCACCCAUGGUGGACAAAACAGCCUGCUCCAGGCGGUGUACCACGCUGUUCCUGUGCUGGGAAUCCCUCUGUUUGGGGACCAGUUUGAUAAUGUGGUGAGGGCUGAAACAAAGGGACUUGGCCUCACCAUCAACCCCACACACAUCACCAGAGAACUGCUCAGCUCCACCAUUCAAACACUCACACAGGACGUCAGGAUCAAGUCUUCAGCUUUAUACCUUAGCAGGAUCCACAAAUCUCAUCCGGUCCCUCCAGCCCUUCGACUGAUCCAGUGGGUUGAGCACAUCCUGCAUAGUGGAGGUGGAGCUCAUUUAAGGCCUGCUUCACUGACACAAGCAUGGUACCAGAGAUACCUGUUGGACCUGGUGCUUCUUUUCUUCCUGGGGCUUCUUGGACCUGUAGUUCUCUGCUGCACUUUCUGUAGGAACAAGAAUAGCAGGGACAAACACAAAAAAGUACAAUAGCAGUACAAAGGGACAUAUUAGAUGUUUAUUUUAGUUCUGAGAUACUUGUUUAUAUUGGACUUGAACACUGCACCACCUAAUAUACUGCCGAAGAACAACUAAUAAUUCAGGCUUGAUGUAACUUAAUCAUACUAUUUCACCUUAAAAUAGUGGUAUUUAAUUCAGAAAAUUCCCUUUAAUUAUCUAAAUAAAAGUUGCAAAAAAACAAAAAGGUUUGAGGAUUUCAUGACUGUGCAAAAAAUGCAUUGAAAACAUGGUGGGAAUACUGUUGCUUGACUUUAAUUUGGUUGAGUACCUUUCGCAUACUGAAUAGUAUUCUGUAUUUCCAGUUUUCCUUAAGUGAGUAGCCUUAAUGCCAAGUGUCUUACCCUCUUCCCUCCCAGCGCCAACGUGUCUACCAGACGUUUCAUUUGUCCUGCAGCGCCACAUUGUCCAACACCUCUGUGCAGCUUUGACCUGACUGUGCUGCAAGCAAGGGUGGCUGAUAGUAGGCAGGCAAACAUGCUCCCUCCACCAAGCACUGCUUUUGUGCAUUUGUGUUGUUUCAUGUUACCAAAUGGCAGCCAGCCAUCUAAGGGUAGAUUGAUGAUUGUUCAGAAAUGUGUUGUGCUGCAAUGCUAGGCUAGGUUGGGUAAUUUGGUGUAGAUGCAACACAUUGAUAGAAUAUACCUGAACUCUCAAAGUACGCUCUACCUGGAGAGUGUGUUUAUGCACAUGUGUAUCUGCAUGUGUGUAUUUGGGGAAGCGUAAUGGUCUACUGGCUCUUCAAUUAUCAACCACCUGCAAAUCUCACCCCUGACCCCCACACCCUCCUCUGCUGGUUUCCGCUGAGUCUCUUUCCCCUUUUCUAAAUAGGGCACAAAAGCGAACAGCAGUGUUCACGGUAAGCGCUCAAGCCAUCCUUGAAAGCGGACCAGGCCUUGGAGGACCCCCCUCUCUGUUCUGUCCUCCCUCCCACUCAUCACAUCUGUGUUGGGGGUUAGCAGGGAGGAAAAUAUAGAUUAGCAAGGAAAUAAUGACCAAUUAGGACAGCUUGUUCUGUGUCCAUUCAGCUGUCCAUUCUUUCAUUCCUUCCCUGCAUUUCAUUCAUCUGUUGGGCUGGCAGUUGAAGGUGCCAGUGAGUCUUCCUCUGUCUCGCACGCAAUCCUAAACAGGCAGGGCAAAGCAGCCAAAGCAUGAGACAACAGGACCACCGGUGGGAAAAAAGAAAAGAGGCAAAAACAGUGGAAACUUUAAUGAUGAAGAAGGACACAACAAUGGAAAAAAGGACACAGGAAAAUGAUCAAAAUCAGAAACAAAGCUUUGAGAAAGAGAAGCUAGAAAUAGUCAUCAUUAAUAAUAUAACUGAAAUAACAUUUUGUGAGGCAUUUUUACUUUUAAGCUAGAAAUGAAAUAAUGUAUUUUAACUUGACUAACAACAACAGCAUUUAGUUUAAAUCAUGAUUACUUCGAGUUAGCUACUGUCACAAGCAAGAUACAAUCUAUUAAAAUAAAAGGACAUAAUGAUAGUUGCAUCACAACUUCAUAUAAGAUUGGGCAACGGGAAGAUAAUAAUUGACGUAAAGGUUCUUAAAUCAUGCAUGUGUUCUUUUGAAGUCAGAGAGAUACGUACGUAGUGGCUCUGAUGUGUUUUUGUUAAGUGUGAAAAAAUUAUGUUUGAUGUGCUUUCAUUAAAACUGGAUCCACCUUUUAAA